AUGCCUCCUAAGCAAGUUAAAAAAACAUUAUGGGUGGAUUGCGAGCGCUGUGGAUGCAGUAUAACCUCUAAUGAUAGAAAUGUGCAUGUGGAGCUCAAUUGUGUGAAAGAUCCGGUUAAAUGCCCAUAUGUAGAAGGCGGAAAAUUAUAUACAUGGUUACAACGAGCUAGUGCACCCCCUGAAGGGGCUCCUAGAGAUGCGGUGCUUGUGCAUUCAUCGGCUGCGUCGCUUAUAGGUGCUGUGAUCGGAGGCCCCCUUGAACUCAGCAGGAAAGGUGCCCCAAAGCUGGUUAGGCGUAUGUGGCCCUCCAAAUCGUCUGCGCCUGCAGCUAUUAUUUUACCAGCUGCUGACCUUUCUGGGGCAUGGUGUAGAGGAAGUAAUAAUAUAAGUGUGUCAUUGCUUCAUGGUGAUAUUAAAGUUGCAACUCAUAUAAUUAUCAAAAUUAAAAACUGUAAGGUAGAUACAGAUAUAUGUGAUAUACUCCAGCAACACUUUGACAAUCAUUUUGUGUCAGUAAACUCAAUUUUAGUUUACUACUAUUUUGGUAAGAAAUUAGAAAUAGAAGUGACAAGAAUAAAAUCGGAAGAGAAUGAAAACGGUAAUAAAGAAUGGUUUUUGUUAAAUGAAGAUACAGUUUGGGAUCAAGAGAAAUCAAUCCAAAAGAGCAAAAAGAAACCCAUGUCUUUAGGUGGCGUUGAUGACAUAAUAGAGGAAAUUAAAACUUUAGUCAAUAUAUCUUUUAAUGUUGAUGGUUCUUUUGCAAACUUUCAGCCCACUAGAGGCUUACUAAUUUAUGGGCAUUCUGGAAUAGGUAAAUCAGCUAUCUGUAAAUACCUUGUUGAGAAUUUUAAUUGUUAUCACAUAGAAGUAAAUGGUCCAACAAUUUUUAGUAAAUAUUUUGGCGAAACAGAAGCAACUAUGAAAACAUUAUUUUCUAAAGCCAUUGCAAAUGAACCAAGCAUUAUUUUAGUUGACGAAAUUGAGACAAUAUGUCCGCGUCGCUCAUCAGGAAGCACAGAACAAGAGAGAAGAGUUACAUCGGCUUUUGUUUCACUGUUAGACAAUUUACAUGAGGAAAGCAGUAGGGUUUUUAUUUUAGCAACAACUAGAAAACCAGAUGCGAUAGAUCCUAUGUUAAGAAGAUUUGGUAGACUGGACAAAGAAAUAGAAGUUCCGGUGCCAGAUAGAGUGAGAAGGAAAGAAAUAUUAUAUGCUUUGUUGAAAUCUCUUCCAAAUAAAGUGUCUUCACAAGAUAUUGAUGCAAUAUCUGAUUUAGCACAUGGCUAUGUUGCAGCUGAUUUAGUUAAUCUUUGUACACAGGCCUCUCUGAAGUGUAUAAAACGAAAUUGUGAUGUCAUAGAAAAGGAAGAUUUGAUUGCAGCAUUGACUGUUGUAAGGCCUAGCGCUAUGAGAGAACUCUUAAUAGAAGUACCCAAUGUCAGGUGGUCAGAUAUUGGGGGACAAGACAAUUUGAAGUUAAAACUGAGGCAAGCUGUAGAAUGGCCUUUAAAACACUCUGAAAGCUUUAAACGUUUAGGUAUACGGCCACCAAGUGGCGUGUUGCUGUAUGGUCCCCCAGGCUGCUCGAAGACCAUGAUUGCGAAAGCUCUGGCGACAGAAAGUGGAUUAAAUUUUUUGUCUAUUAAAGGUCCUGAGUUGUUCUCCAAAUGGGUGGGAGAAUCUGAAAGAGCAGUUAGAGAUUUGUUUACCAAAGCACGUCAGGUUGCUCCUUCUAUAAUUUUCUUUGAUGAAAUGGACGCUAUAGGUGGUGAACGCGGCGCGGGAGAAGGCGGUGUUCACGAAAGGGUGUUGGCUCAGCUUCUUACGGAGCUUGAUGGUGUCGUUCCCUUGAAUUCAGUCACAAUAUUAGCUGCUACCAAUCGACCCGACAGGAUGGACCGAGCGUUAUUGAGGCCUGGACGUUUAGACCGACUUAUAUAUGUACCUCUGCCAGAUUUCGAGACGAGAUUGCAGAUUAUUGAAUUAAAAUUGUCUAAAAUGAGUACCAGUGAUGACGUUAAUUCCCACAAUUUAGCAACACGGACAGAAGGCUAUUCAGGUGCUGAAUUACAAGCACUCUGUCAUGAGGCGGCGUUAAAAGCUCUGGAAAAGGAUCUAGAUUGCCCACAAGUGACUAUGGAGCAUUUUGAACAUGUGUUGAUGGAUUUUAAACCUCGUACACCUUCAUCAUUGUUAAAGGUCUAUGAGGAUUUUGCUUUGGGUCAAAGAUCUGGAUAA